AUGAUAGCAUUUUGCCACAUUACUAAUUUAACAGAACUGUGGGAAAAUCACAAAAAUAAUAUGUCAUUAGAUAUUUUGCAGCAAGAAAGGCAUCGUUCUGGAAAUCACGAAUUAGCUGUCACUCCAUAUAUUUUGAAUAAAACUUUAAUAUUAAUAGAAAAUGAUCUUCUGAAAAUAUCUGGAAAGAAGCUGUCUGAUUUUAACAUGGAAUCACCGUUACGAACUGAUGAUAAUGAUAAUAAUUUUCUUAGAGAUAGGGCUUAUAUUGCAGAAACUUCUUAUGAUUAUGAUAUACUUUCAAAUUACAUCCAGGAGAAUGAGCCGAAGUUAACAAACGAUCAGCAAGUUGUUUAUAAUACUAUUUUACAAAGCGUAUUACAAGAUACUGGAGAAUUAUUUUUUCUUGAUGCUCCUGGUGGAACUGGCAAGACCUUCAUGCUGAAUCUCUUGCUUGCAAAGCUACGUGUAGAGAGAAUAAUUUCAUUAGCAGUCGCUUCUUCCGGGAUAGCAGCAACAUUAUUACAAAAUGGCAAGACAGCACAUUCCGCUUUCAAAUUACGUUUGGAUCUUCAGACUAACGAACGCCCAGUUUGUAGUGUGAAGAAACAAAGUUCUUUGGGUAAAUUAUUAAGGGAGACACGUUUUAUUGUUUGGGAUGAAUCAACAAUGGCGAAUAAAGGUGGUCCUGAGGCACUUGAUAGAACGCUGAGGGAUUUUAAAAAUAAUGAUCGCCCAAUGGGCGGAGUUGUUAUUCUUUUUGCUGGUGACUUUAGACAAAUAUUGCCAGUUGUGCCUAAAGGCACUAAAAGUGAUGAAAUCAACGCCUGUCUAAAGUAA